GCAGACUAGACGUUCCUGAAAGAUCGGCGUUUACCCCAGAUUCUGUGCACGGACAUCUAUGCAGAGCCGUUGCGUCAUGUGAAAUUCCGAGUUUUCGCAUCCACUAUCUAUGACUCCAAUACGCGACUCACAUAUUGCAUUGACUUCUACAACCUCGAUAAUCGCGUUCAAUCUCAGCUGCUGUGUUUGCUCCGAACGCCAUGUACCCUCCCUCGGCAGGUCUCAACCUCGAUGUCGAGGCUGUUAGCGGGAUAUGCGGCUCAAUAUCAAUCGCCUGUUGGGUCGUUGUAUUCUCUCCUCAGAUCAUUGAGAACUUUCGACGAAGCUCCGCAGAUGGCUUAUCCGUGGUCUUCAUCGUAGUCUGGCUGGCCGGCGACAUCUUCAACAUUCUUGGUGCAGUCUUGCAAGGCGUUCUGCCUACCAUGAUCAUCCUGGCCAUCUACUACACCCUCGCAGACAUUGUCCUCCUCCUCCAAUGCUUCUUCUACAAGGGCUUCACCCUCAAAGACAAAGUCAUAAAGCCCGUCUGUCCCAGCGACCCUGAGCCAGCCACCGCAACCGAAUCCUCCUCCCUCCUCCCUCCCCUCAACGGCAACGGCUCACCCAACGGCCACUCAAUAUCAGACUACGCCCGCCGCUCCUCAUCCACCUCCUUCACCGACCGCCUUCUCGCCACAACAACAGACCCAACCCACCUGUCCCCAGCAAACCCACACGUCGACCGCACCCGCACCCGCUCGCCCUCCGCCCUGCCCUCGCGCCGCUCCUCAGUCUCCAAAUCAAUCCUCCUCAACACCCUCGCCAUCCUCCUCGUAGUCUGCGCCGGCGUGCUCGGCUGGUGGCUCUCGAACCGCCACCGGCGCUACCCCGACGCGCCCGCGCAUCCGGAGCCCCUACGCUUCAACCCGCUCGGCCAGGCCCUCGGGUACGUAUGCGCCGUGCUCUAUCUCGCCUCGCGCGUGCCGCAGUUGCUGCUCAACUACCGCCGCAAGAGCACCGAGGGCAUCAGUCUCCUGUUCUUCCUGUUUGCAUGUCUUGGCAAUCUGACGUAUGUGUUGAGUAUCUUUGCGUAUGCGCCCGUGUGUGAGCGGGCCGGGGUCGGGCGGUGUGUCGAGGGCGAGCAGGCGCGUCUGUAUUGGCGGUAUAUUGCGAUUAAUGCGAGUUGGAUAAUCGGGAGUUUGGGCACGUUGGGGCUGGAUGCUGGGGUUUUCGUGCAGUAUUUCAUGUAUCGGCCCGACGAGGAUAGGGGGCGGAGGUGAAGAGGCAUCAUGUACUUGUGUGAAUUUUGACUCAUGUAAGGUGUCAUGGUGGAUCAUACAAUGCAUGGAAUGGUUUAUAAAAAGUACAUUCUUCGAUUUUUUUUAUUGGGCGGGUAUUAUGUACUAUGCGUCCGACUGACUCAUGUGGAAGCAUACAACAUCCCUGUCGAG